AUGUGCCAGCCUGCCCUGGGGUUGGGCUGUGGGCGACGUGGGCGGGGGACAGGGCUGGCGCUGCGGAAGGACCCAGGGUUGGGGUGGGAGCCGCAAUCUUCCCACCAGCCGGUGGCCCCAUUGCAGGAUCAGGACAACUUGCCAGAGGACGUCGUGUUUGGUGCAGUUGAUGCUCUCGGCUGUUGGGCUCUAACAGGCGCCUUCCUGGAGUCUUACCCAGCUGUUCCCCCCAUAUGGUCCGUGGAGUCCGAUGAUCCCAACCUGGCAGCUAUCCUGGAGAGGCUAGUGGAAGUCAGGAAAGGAAAUACCCUGCUCUUGCAGCACCUGAAGCGGAUAAUCUCGGACCUGUGCAAACUCUACAACCUCCCGCAGCAUCCAGAUGUUGAGAUGUUGGACCAGCCUCUCCCGGCAGAACAGAGCACACAGGAAGAAGUAUCUUCUGAAGAGGAAGAUGAGGAAAUGCCAGAGGAUACAGAGGACUUGGAUCACUACGAGAUGAAGGAGGAGGAGCCGGCCGAUGGGAAGAGGACAGAGGAUGAGGGCAUCGGCAAGGAGAACCUGGCCAUCCUGGAGAAGAUCAAAAAGAACCAGAGGCAAGAUUACUUAAAUGGUGCAGUGUCUGGGUCUGUGCAGGCCACUGACCGGCUAAUGAAGGAGCUCAGGGAUAUUUACCGAUCACCAAGUUUCAAGGGCGGGAACUAUGCAGUGGAACUCGUGAACGACAGCCUGUACGAUUGGAACGUCAAACUCCUGAAGGUUGACGAGGACAGCGCUUUGCACAAUGAUCUCCAGAUCCUCAAAGAGAAGGAAGGAACUGACUUCAUCCUGCUCAACUUCUCCUUUAAAGACAACUUUCCCUUUGACCCGCCGUUUGUGAGGGUCGUGUCCCCUGUGCUCUCAGGGGGGUAUGUUCUGGGUGGAGGUGCCAUCUGCAUGGAGCUGCUGACCAAACAGGGCUGGAGCAGCGCCUACUCCAUUGAGUCGGUGAUCAUGCAGAUCAGUGCCACACUGGUGAAAGGAAAGGCACGUGUGCAGUUUGGAGCCAAUAAGAAUCAGUACAGCCUGACCAGAGCACAGCAGUCCUACAAGUCCCUGGUACAGAUCCAUGAGAAGAACGGCUGGUACACACCACCCAAGGAGGAUGGCUAGCGUGUCAGCCACUCAGGCAUCACCGGACCACUCGAUCUUGGAAUGCUGUACUUGGAUCUGCCAAUGCCUCUGGCUUUCUCCUGGGAUGGGAUGGCUCUGCCUGUUGCAGGACAAUAGCGGCUGCGAUAAACUCUAAGGAACGAGCCGUGUGUGCAGUUGGACUGACCCGAAACACUCGCUGGACCCUCGCUAGCAGCAUUCUUAUUAAAACAAACUCUGAGCCUCUUGUAUCGCUGGCCACUUCCCGCUCUGCUCUGGUCUAGAGCAUCUCCUUACCUAUGCUAUGGAUUUAAUUUAUUUUCUUAUUUCAUGUACACUGCUUUGUUUGUUCCAGUGUCAGGCUGUGCGGGAAGGGAUCUCUGGAGACCAUUACAGUUUGGUAAUUUGAAGA